AUUAUUAUUAUGUACGUUACCUGUGUACAUAAUAUUGUUUCACGUUUCAUUUUAAGUUAGUUUGUUCGUAUUGUAGGUAGUCCGUGUGCCGUGCCGCGCUGUGCGUCUGUAAAAUGUUUAGAUCAAUUUUUAAAUUUUCAUUAUUACCUACAUUUUUAUUUAAAUAGUGAGUAACCGGAAUAGUUUUUGUGCGUUUUAGUGUAUAAUUUAUAUUAUAUAAUAUUGAAUUGGUAUCUGGUAUCCUUAAGUCCAAUGGGAAGAAUAUCAGAGUAUGACUGACACCUUGACUGCUACGCUUGAUGUGUCCGACAAUCAACUGGAUUUCUGUCCUAGCGGCUAGCAUACAUCUAUAGUUUCAUCCUAAAAUCAUCUAUGUAUGAAUAUUUUUCAAAUGAUCGAUGCCAUGAAACACUCAUCCUAAUUGGUUCUUGCCAGUUUAAAAUAAAUCAAAUUUUGAAAAGUCGUCCUAUUUUAAUCCUAAUUACAUGUACAUAGUUACGUGAAAUAACUUAAAAAAUACUUGCUCUUAAGUCAGUUUUCAAGAAGGCAGUGAUCACAAAUAUUACGAUAAUGGGGUCCAUGUUCAGGAGUGAGGAAAUGGCCUUAUGUCAGCUUUUCAUACAGCCAGAAGCCGCUUAUGCAUCUGUGGCCACAAUGGGUGAAGCAGGAGUUGUACAAUUUCGAGACUUAAAUAGCGAAAUGAACGUCUUCCAGCGAAAAUUUGUCAGUGAAGUACGACGUUGUGAUGAACUAGAACGUAAAUUGCGCUAUAUUCAAGCUGAAGUGCACAAAGACCAUGUGCAUGUUCCUGUACCCGAAAGCAGUGUUUUCCCAUUUGCUCCUAAUCCGAGGGAAAUUAUUAACCUAGAGUCACAAUUAGAACGCACAGAGAGCGAAAUAUUAGAGCUUAGCCAUAAUGCUGUUAAUCUAAAGUCUAACUACCUUGAGCUCACAGAACUUAAACAUGUUCUUGAAAAAACUCAUGCAUUUUUUGAAGAGCUUGAUAUGGAUUUCUUAGACCAAGACGGUGCUAGCGCAUCAGGCACAGAUUCUCUGACAAAGGCUUUAAUCAGCGACGAAGCACUAAAUAGUCAGUCCCAAGUCACUCGGGGCCGUCUUGGGUUUGUUGCCGGAGUCGUGCCCCGAGAACGAGUACCUGGUUUUGAGCGUAUGUUAUGGCGUAUCAGUCGAGGAAAUGUGUUUCUACGUAGGGCAGAACUUGAAGAUUCGCUUGAAGACCCAUCUACGGGAAAUGAGAUUUUCAAAACUGUGUUUGUUGCGUUCUUCCAAGGAGAGCAGCUCAAGUCACGGGUGAAAAAGGUUUGCUCUGGAUUUCAUGCUUCAUUUUAUAAUUGCCCAAGUGCACAUUCUGAAAGACAAGAGAUGUUAAAGGGUGUUAAAACAAGACUAGAAGAUUUGAAUAUGGUUUUAAAUCAAACAAGAGACCAUAGGCAGCGUGUGUUGACAACUGUUACAAAAGAUUUGCAUAAUUGGGGUGUUAUGGUUCGCAAAAUGAAAGCUAUCUACCAUACACUUAAUUUAUUUAACAUGGACGUUACCAAAAAAUGUCUGAUUGGUGAAUGCUGGAUACCAAUAAAAGACUUGGCAUUUAUCAGACAUACAUUAGCUGAAGGCAGUAAAGCUGUAGGCAGCUCAAUACCUUCAUUUCUAAACAUAAUUGAAACUAAUGAAAAUCCACCAACAUUUAAUAGAACUAAUAGGUUCACGCAGGGCUUCCAAAAUUUGGUGGAUUCAUACAGCGUUUCUGGUUAUCGAGAAGUUAAUCCUGCCUUAUACACUAUAAUCACAUUCCCGUUUCUUUUCGGUGUAAUGUUUGGUGAUGCUGGCCAUGGAAUAAUUUUAACAGUGUUUAGCGCAUAUAUGGUCAUAUAUGAACAACAAUUGUCUAAAACAAAGUCUUCAAAUGAAAUUUGGAACAUAUUUUUUGGUGGUCGCUACAUAAUCUUGCUCAUGGGAUUGUUUUCAAUUUAUACCGGAAUUAUAUAUAAUGAUGUAUUUUCAAAGUCUGUGAAUUUGUUCGGCUCCAGUUGGUCAAUCAACGAAAAUCCAAGUUAUAUCAUUGGAAACAAAAGUAUCACAUUAGAUCCUGCUACCGAAGAUUAUUUGCAGAAACCUUAUCCMCUGGGACUUGAUCCAGUUUGGCAGGUCGCUGUUAAUAAAAUAAUAUUUCUUAAUUCAUACAAAAUGAAACUAUCAAUCAUUUUUGGAGUUGUUCAUAUGAUGUUUGGUGUUGUACUCAGUGUUGUUAAUCACGUACAUUUCAACAAAAAAAUCAACAUAAUUUUACAAUUUAUACCUCAAAUGUUAUUUUUGGUAUUGUUGUUUUUGUAUAUGGUGUCCUUGAUGUUCAUGAAAUGGAUCUGGUAUGGUCCUAAAAAUUCGUUAAAGACCAGCCCUAGAUGUGCACCAUCCGUGCUCAUUAUGUUUAUUAAUAUGAUGCUUUUCAAACACACGAAACCAUUCGACGGAUGUGACGAAUACAUGUUUGAAGGACAAGAUCGUUUACAAAAGAUCUUUGUUAUAAUCGCUAUGCUAUGUAUUCCAGUAAUGUUGUUUGGUAAACCAUUGUACAUAAUUUUGUACGAGAGACGCCACAAGAAACAUACGUCCGAUAGCUGUGGAGAGUUGAACGGGAGUAUUGAACUAAAAGAAACUGAAUUGAGUGGUAUGCUUAACAACGCUGUUGGUCAUGAAGAGGAUGAACCAGCUUCUGAAAUAUUCAUUCAUCAAUCCAUUGAAACUAUUGAGUAUGUGUUAAGCACCGUUUCCCAUACAGCUUCGUAUCUUAGGCUAUGGGCAUUAUCUCUAGCACACGCACGUAAGUUCAUGUUUAUUAUUAUUUCAUAAUUAUCUAUAUACUGU